CUCGCGCGUUCGUGGUGGUCGCGCGCCAUGGAGGCCGAGCGUCCGGAGAAGCGCCAGAGGACGGACGAAGGUUCUUCUGAUGCUGUGCGCUCGGACGUUUGGUUCGACGAUGGCAAUAUCAUCCUCCAAGCUGGAGGCUAUCAGUUCCGCGUCUACCGCGGCCUGCUUGCCAGGCAUUCGCCUGUCUUCAAGGACAUGUUUGCCAUGCCACAACCCACUAGCGCCUCCAGUCCUCCAUCUCAGGCCGAGGACUGUCCUGUCAUCCAUCUCGCGGACUCGGCGGACGACGUACACUUCAUGCUCGCGAAGCUGUUUAAUAUAUCAGACACUGAGGAUGACCGUCGCCAAGCUCUCGACAUCUCCGACCUCAUAGCUUCCCUUCGUAUGGGACACAAAUAUUUCAUUGCACGACUAUGGAACGACCCCGUCAAUCGCCUACGCCGCGCGUUUCCGGCAGAUCUUGACCUCAUGAUGUAUCGUCUGAAAGAGGAUAAUGAUAUCUCAGCGUCAAGACGUGCCACCGAAAUACGCGUCCCAGCUUCAGAGAACCUCCUCCAGCUCGUCCAUGUGGUUGAGCAAGUCGGGCUUCAGACCGUGUUGCCGGUCCUUUACUAUAGGAUUGUCGUGCGCGAGACGUUGGAUACUAUCAUCGGUGGCGACUUUGGACUCAGCGAUCGAGCGCGCGCCGCCCUCCUAGGUGGUCGCGCCCGGCUUCUCAGCAGCGUAGCCAGCGUAUUGCGGACCUGGGGCAGACACGAUGUACACGUGACCACAGUGGACUCUCACUGCUGGAAAGCACGCUACGACUUCUUGCUGGAAGAUGCGAGCGCCAGGUUCCCUAUUGGUCCGUGGACAGCGACCCUCCCGCUCAACAUGUGCUCUGCGUGCUGUGUCCAUCUCAGAGUGGCGCUGUCGCUCAUGCGCUCCAAGGCGUGGACGGAGUUGCCGACCGUAUCUGGGCUGCCUCCCUGGGCUGACCUACACGACUUCGAGAUAUAAAAUAGUCAGUCAUGUGCCUGCCCGUUCGAAUUCCCGAGCUGAGCGAGCUGGUGGUUGAUCCUCACUUUUAAUCAUGGUCGGAGCUAUAGCUCCGUAAUACACGUAUGAUAUCGAGUUGAAUCCUAGUCCACCGCAAAUGGCACGUCCUGUGUCAGCA